AUGAUUGCAAACUUAUCAAGUGAAUCUACUUAUCAAGUAGCUUCUAUAGGGCACUACAUUGUAACGGAUGCACACCGAAAAGCCAGUAAUAGAGGUUCUGACGAGGAAAUGACGACCCGCGUGGUGAAAAAAAGUCAGGAAGAUUUUGGUGAUGAGGGGAAGAACAGAUUUCCUCCUGAUACAGAAAUGCAAUUGGAGAUACUCAGAGGUUCUGACGAGGAAAUGACGACCCGAGUGGUGAAAAAAAGUCAGGAAGAUUUUGGUGAUGAGGGGAAGAACAGAUUUCCUCCUGAUACAGAAAUGCAAUUGGAGAUACUCAGAAAACGACUUUUCAACAAGACACAAGAUGGGAGUUUAAUAAGAGUUUAUAAUAAAGGUACGUUAGUUAAGGAUAUGGCGUUUAAUUACCAUUCAGAAUCAGUAAACCAGAUAUUAAUACCCGUGGAACCACAGAAGACGUGUGCUGUUGUGGGAAAUGGAGGCAUUCUCCGGGACAGUAGAUGUGGUGAUGAGAUCAACUCCAAAGAGUUCGUCAUUCGAUGUAACGUACCCCCAGUAGUUAAAUAUGCCCUUGAUGUUGGAUAUAAAACCAAUGUUACAGUAAUCAAUCCACGAAUUAUUAGAACGUUGAAUAUUACACGGUCUCAAAAGAGAGAAGAGCUGCGGUUUAUGAACGAUUCUGUACUUUGGUACUCCAGUCCGUACAUUAGAGGCUUCACAGCAGAUUGGUUACGUGAUGUGGUACAAGAAAUGAAAUCUACAUAUAACUUGAGAUUGCGAAUGGCUUACACGAACAAUGAUAUUUUUGUCAACAUAUUAAAAAGUUUUGUAACAGCCACACCUUCAGCUGGGAUCAGGUCUGUUGUUGCAGCACUUUCAAUAUGCGAUGACGUCACUGUCUAUGGUUGUUAUCCUUUCCCGGCUGAUAAGAAAGGCAAUGCAUUGCGGCACCAUUAUUAUGAUAAAAGCGUUGCCAAGGGAAAUUUUACCAGUAGUCUUCAUAGUUGGAAUGAUGAAUUUGCGUUGUUACAAUCUUUGCAUGAACGUGGAAAUGUGACAUUAGUAACAGAUAGGUGUCUGUGA